UCUCCUCAAGAGAGAGACAGAGUCCGUAAAUAUAAAUGGAUGACGACGACGGGAGAAAAAGUCUUCGCCGGAACUUUGAACUUCCGCCACAAACCAUCCUUCGAUGAAGAUUUCACUCUUAAACCUCCAAAACCCAAAACCCUUCCAAUUCCUUCGCCACCCAACACUCUGAAUUCAGCCUUCAACGCUUUCAUUUCACCUUCUGAAACUAUUCGAGGAGGCGGCCAUUGGAAGCGAUUGGUAAUCGAUGAACGCCGAAGCAGAGAAGGUCUACGUUGCUAUCGGGAAUGAUCUUCACGAUGGAUUCAAGACCUUGGGGUGGACUCUUACGAAAUGGAAGUCUCGCCCAAUUUCUAUAGUGAUUCUUCACGUCGCCUACAGCAAUUCCAAGGAAUAUGUCUACACUCCCUUCGGGAAGCUCCCGGCGAGUUCUGUUAGUGAGGAGAAAGUGGAAGUUCUGAGAAGAUAUGAGCAGGAAAAGAUCGACAAGCUACUUUCUAAAUAUUUAGAUUUCUGUGGCAAGGUAAAAGCCGAAAUACUCAAGGUUCAGAAAUCUGAUGAACCUGUUCAUGAGCUCAUUGUUGACUUGGUUUCAGAAUUGAGAAUAACCAAUUUGGUCGUUGGUUUUACGUUCAUGAAAUCUUCAUCUUGGAAAUCAAAGAGUGCAAUUAGUGGAUCCUUUUACAUUUACAGAAACAAGGCCCAUUUUUGCGAGUUGUUUGUGAUAUGGGGAGGAAAACAGGUAUUUCUCAGAGAUGAAAGAAUUAUGGAAAAUGAUAAAGGUGUAAGGAUCGCUAAAGUCAGUACCAAGCACUCAUUAAAGGGUUGGUUGGGAAAGAUGUUCAUGGAUGAUCCAAUCUAUUCCUCGGAAAGGAAUUUGAGUCUCUCAUCUGCUUCACCAAGUUGUUCAAAUUCCUCAAGUUCUCGAAGUUAUUGGGAUAAUAAUGUCCAUGAACUUGAGAACUACUACGAAGAAUUACUAUCAUUGAAUUUGCAGGAAGAAGACUGUGAGCAGGAUGGAAAUAGUGCUCCUGAAAGUCCAGUUUCAACCCAGUUCAAUAUUCUGGAUCAUCCAGAUUCAGAUAUGAAUGCUGAGGAAAGAAUUGAGCAUCUGCGAACCAAGAUUGAGGAAGCUCGAAAGACCAUCCAGUUGAUGAAAGAUGAAGCAAAGGGCAGUGCUGAAAGGCAAGCUAAAGCGGAGUGGGCCAUUAAUUUGUGCAGUCAGCGGACUGAAGAGCUUGAAGCUCAGAUAAAAGAAGAGGCUACAAUCAGGGAAGAGUUGCAGAAUGAAUUAGACUCUGCCAAAGAACAGAUCCAGGAAAUAGUAGUUGAUAUCGAGGAAAGCAAGACCAGAUUAAGCUCACUUCUCGAACUUCAAGCUGAUCUCUCAAGCAAGCUCCAAAAUUCCACAGCAGCAAAAUCUCGUAUGGAGGCCCAGUUGGAGAAGACAGCAAAAACAAGAGAAGGAAUGGUCAGAGAAACCGAGGAGCUGAGGAGACAAAGAGACAUUCUUCAUCGGAGAAUUGAGUUCUGCAAAGAGAGAGAUGCCAUCGGAAUGGCCGAAAGGUCAACAGAAGUGUCCUGUAGUACAAGAGAAUACACGGCAGAAGAGAUCAGAUUAGCCACCGAUAGCUUUUCUGAGCAGAUGAGAUUGAGUUCCGGGGUGUAUAGAGGGCGUAUCAACCAUACUUCAGUUGCAAUCCAGAUGAUCGACCCAGGAAAUCGCCUUUCUCGUGAAGAUUUCCAGUCUAAGGUGGAGCUUUUGAGCCAUAUCCGUCACCCUCAUCUGAUCUCCAUGAUGGGCUUCUGCUCCGAGCUCCAAUGCAUUGUAUUCAAUUACAUGCAUAGUGGUAGCUUAAGUGACAUACUUCUUCCAGUUCCUGCCAACAAAAGAUCCAGGAAAACAUGUCGCCCCCUCACGUGGCAUGACAGAAUUCGUAUAGCUUCAGAGGUAUGCUCAGGCCUGGGGUUCCUUCACCAGGCCCAACAUCGGCCCGGGCCCAUUUCUCAUGGCAACCUCACCCUGUCCAAAAUCCUCCUGGACCAAAACCUUGUUGCCAAACUCGGUGGUUUUGGCCCUUUUGGGAUCGCAGAAUCGGAUGAAGGAUGUGGUAUUGAGUUGGACAUUCGGGCUUUUGGAGCAAUGCUGCUACAGCUUGUUACCGGGAGGAAUUGGGCAGGGCUGAUUGAGGAGGCACUGACAAUGGGUAAGGCGGGUCUGGUCCAGAUUGUAGACAAUAAGGCUGGACAGUGGCCAUUGGACUUGGUUGAUGGGCUUGUUGAUCUGGCUUUGAGAUGUGUAAGUGUAACUCCAAAUGGGUCCAAUUCGGUUGUUGACUUGGGGACAGCCAUGGAAGAACUCGACAAGAUCAAGGCGAAAGCAGAUGAUCUGGUGGGGAAUAUAAGGCUUGCGAGGGGGAUUGAUGGUGCAGACGCAGAUGAUGUGCCAAGAAUCUUCAUCUGCCCCAUCUUGCAGGAUGUGAUGAAGAAUCCACAUGUGGCAGCAGAUGGGUUUUCGUACGAGCUAGAAGCCAUAGAGCAGUGGAUAAUUGCAGGACACGAUACAUCACCCAUGACUAACUUAAGGUUGCAGCACCCCUAUCUCACCCCUAAUCACGCUCUUCGCUCACUGAUCCAAGACUGGCAAAAUGAAACUUAAAAUCUUUGAGCAUUUUAGAUACCAAACUUCAAAAUAUACGAGAUCAUGUUUGGUUUUCUUUAUUUAUUUCUUUCUUUAUUCAAUUCUAUAAAGCCCAGCAGGCGAAGGCAUGGGACUGUUCAUAUUCACGAUCUGUACCCACUCCCCAAAUCUUUUAUGAAAAGCAAUAAUAUAUUUUACUUGUCCGUUCUGUAA